CUGUCAAAGUGAAACUGCCUAAUAUUUUAGCUGAUCCAGAGGAAGGCAAAAUUUCCUAUCUAAUGCACUCGGGGUGGGGCUCAGUGUAACUUCUAUAGGGAAAUCAGAUCAGUCCCCUUUUUAUAAAGCUAAGCACAUUAUCCACAUGUACUCCAAGGCCAGUCUCCAUCGGGGAUUCACCAAGCGCCUGGGUGAGAAUGAGCUACCUCAGCGGGUGAAGGAUGAUGACACAUUCAAGCUUCUGCUUAGACAAGUGGAGAAACAGGUACAGAAGAUCGAGCAGAAAUACGAGAUGCAAGCAGAUAAGAUGAUGAGAGCAGCAGCAAAGGAUGUGCACAGGUUACGAGGGCAGAGCAGCAAGGAGCCUUUGGAGGUGCAGUCAUUCAGAGAGAAGAUGGCAUUUUUCACUCGGCCAAGAACGAACCUACCUACACUCACAGCAGAUGAUGUUUAAUAAUCAUCAUAAAGUAUUUUAUGUUCUAUAUUUUUUCGGUUCUGAGCACCAUGGCAAAGGAAAUGCAGCCUGGUGAAGCUGAAAAUGUAAUUGUGUGGUGUAAUGAAGUUACAGAGUUUCAUGUCACUUAUUAUUUUGCAUUGCAAUAACCAGCAGAGUAACACUGGCUUGAGGUACGACAACACAAGUGGACAUUUUUAUUUUUAUCGUCGUGAUUACAAAACCAGCAUUCCUUUUCCACAUCUGUAUAGCUUGUAUAUUUAGAGCUGUAUUUUCAGAUGAACCGUUUCAGAUGUUGUGUGUGUGCAAAGUAUAACUUUUGUACAGUCCGCUUCAGAGAUUUGUAAUGCAAUAAAAUUCUAUUAAAAUGGGCUACUAGAAAAAAGGAAUACUUACAGAUUCACGCAACUUUUUGGACAUUAACUAUUUUGUAUCGGAUGUUUUAGCAAAUUCGUGCUAUAUCAUAAAUGCUAAAUAGACAAUUUUAUGAUAUAAUACAGUUUGGAAUAUAUUUUGAAAUGCACUUACCACAUUGUGGCCCCCAUGGAAAGACAAAUGAAGAAAAAAAAAUCAGUUACCGGUUCCUUAAAUUGGUCUAAAAUAUUAUGUGAUGAACAUUUUAGUGGUGCAUAGUUACGGUCAAAUGCAAUUUUUGGUAAUAAAAGCUUAUUUUCAA